CCUCGUCAACACCCAGCACUUCGUCACCCGACAAAACACGCCUCCUGCGACAUCUGCCCCAAGUCACAAAAGUAGCAAACAAUGGGUGUCCAGAAAAAGACCAGAAAGUUUGCCGAAGUCAAGCGAGUUAUUGGCAAGAACGAUGUCCGACGCAAGGAGAACUUGAAGAAGGCCGAAGAGGCUGUCGAAAAGGCCAAGCGUGAGCGCGCCGGUCCCGACGGAAACGAGAGGAUUCGUGAAGUUCCUCAAAUGCCAUCAUCUUUCUUCUUCCAGGCCAAUAGCGCCCUCGUCCCUCCGUACAGUGUCAUCGUGGACACUUCAUUCUGGAGUAGGACUAUUCAAAUGAAACUGGAACCUCUCGAGACCAUGAUGGACUGUCUCUAUGCAACAUGCCAACCCAUCGUUACCGACUGCGUCAUGGCUGAGUUGGAGAAAUUGGGGCCCAAGUUCCGCCUCCCGCUGAGAAUAGCCAAGGACGAAAGAUGGGAACGUCACAAGUGCACUCACAAGGGUGUAUACGCCGAUGACUGCAUUGUAUCGAAAGUAUCGAAAGAUCGAGUCUACAUUGUCGCGACCAACGACGCCGGCCUUGUUUCCCGCCUUCGUCGGAUUCCAGGUGUUCCCAUCAUGAAGUGUGCCCGCGGAAAGUACGUUAUCGAGAGACUUCCCGACGCCCCGGUAUAAAUGGAACCAUCGAAUGCAGACGAACACGAACAACAUCGCUUGAUAAUGGUGGAGGGGUGAAUGUGCAGCGGUGAGAUGAUGGGUUAGAGAAGAAGCUCUUCCACGCGAUGCUCCUCCCAGUUUCACGGGAAGGCUAGAGAACCAACACUACGAAGAGGACACAAGAGCACCAUCUGGGCUAUUGGCCAUUAGCCAAUCCGCAACAAGAGAGGAAUCAAGCUGGGUCGUGAUGUUUUUCGGCCCCGGCUACCUGGUAUCGUGGUUAUAACACUUAGGAGGGAAAUGUUAGAUAUUCGGGCCUAAGAAAUCUUAUCCCCGAGGCUGACGAGCGGAAGGCUCCGUCAGCGCGGUUGCCUGGUUUAGAGUACUCCGGAAUCAAAAGAGAAUUGACA